UGUUUCUAGCUUGUUUACGAGCAGGGAGACUGCUAGGUUUAUGUUAAUGUAACUUCCAUGGUAAUGUAAAAUCGGUUAUUCUAAAAAAAAAAUAGCAAAGAAGAAGCAUUCGCUGCAUGUUGAGACCGUGUCUGUAAUGUGUUGUGAAUUCACGGGAAUUAUUCCAUAUCAGACCGUGUGGCCUAAUGGAUAAGGCGUCGGACUUCGGAUCCGAAGAUUGCAGGUUCGAGUCCUGUCACGGUCGGAAUACACCUUUUUUGAGGGGAAGUAGACUUUUGUACUGAGAGUAAUCGCCUCAUAACUUCCUCGUAGACAAUUUUCAAAAACAGAAUUUCCCACUGCUCUGACUUUUUUCUUCAAAAGGGUUGGAUAUCUGGGGUCAUGUCGUGUCGUCUGUCAACGUCGUCUGCUUCUUCCUUCAGCCGUCAGUAGAUGUCAAAUACAAGGAAGUUUUUUGAAGAAAGACUGCCUAUAACGCGGUAUUCUAAUGUUUUCUGCUGAAUCUUGGAGUUUGAUUUUGCGUAUCCCGAGAGAACUUCCUCUUCUACUCCACGCCAAUCGCAUAAAAUUGCUUUAAAGAGUGAUAAUGGGUUUCGGUGUGUGAUGUUUGGGUUAUGUUGUUCUAUGGAUGCAAGGUAAUGAAAUCAACAAUCACCAGCUACUGCCCAAUGAAGCCCCAUUCAAAGUUCUCUUUGUGAAACACCUGGAAUCCCGAACAACCACUGUUUGAUCUUCAGACUAUGGGGGAGCUUGCCUCAGGAGCCACAGUUCAAGCAGAAGAUAGGCGGCCUGCGACUGACCCAGGGUCUGCUCAAGUUAGUCUUUUUAUGGAAUUGUGGAAUGGUCGUCCUGUAACUUUACCUACACAUUCUUGGGCUCUCCAUAGGAUUGAGAAAACAGGACUCGGACCUCUGGUAGUCAUUAAUGAAAUGAUGGCAAACAAUCAUGGAAUACCCUUUCCCUUUAAGCAGCUUGUAUUGAGUAGCUCAGGCACUAUGAUGGCUCUUGUGUUAAAUCAAAUUAUUGAUGUGAGUCUUCUGUCUUCAGUGUGGCCUCUUCAAACAGUAGAAGAUUUACAGGAAGCGCUUAAAUAUUUUGAUCAAAUUGAUUGUGAAUAUGUUUAUGUUGAAACAGUAUGAUAGAAAGGCUCUUGACUAAAUACAAUUAAAUAGCUUUUGAUGUGAGGAGAACCUUUAAUUGUUGAAAUAUGUCGUAGUUAUCUCUCACUGUUACUGUUAUGCUAUAGACAAUAGACUUUUCCAUAGGCUUAACUAUCAGUUAUGAGAUUUGUUCAUUUUGCUGUAGUUUUGACAUUCUACUUUGAUAAUUUGUGAGCGAAUAUUGUCUCCUAAACUAUAUACAACUAAUAUCUCUAGUCCUCAUGUGCCAUGUGUCCCUGCUUUAAAAAUCUAGACUGUGAUAUUUUUUUUCUCAUUCCAUCAUUCCUUCAACGUAACACACAAAUACUGUUUGUUUUUGUCAUUCUGUCUGAUUUUACGACGAAUAGGCUGUCUGAAAUGUUGAUGCCUUUCCCUUUUAGUACUUCCAAAACUUGACUGUUUUUUGUUUUUUUUCCAGUGAUAGCAACUAUGAUUUUAUGAUAUACAUGUGUGCAUUUGUAUGUCUACUGUAAUAUUACCAAACUGUUGUGGUUAACACAUUUUUAAUUUUUGUAAAAAUAAAUUCAAUUGGGCGAAUGAACUAAAAGCAGUUUUAAUUUGAACA